AAUGCCUAUGUACGUGUCAAGUGGGAGAUAGGCCAUGAUGUGAAGGAGUACAGGUUCGGGGUUGGAGGUUUUGUAGACGUUGUUGCAUCGAGGGUCAGCAAAGGCGGCAAGGUUUAUGUAGAUCAUAUGCCUGUCAUAGGUAUUAUUAAGGUCAAACCUGGAGACAAGGUGUCAGUCAACAUGAGUUUGAAAGAAUUCCAAGAUGCCCAGAAAAAAUGGAAAUAUACCUGGAGGUUGGAAAGAUGAAAUGAAACAGUGUGUGAACGAGCUCGGCACAGUGGUGGAGCUUCUGUUUGGAGGUGACAUGGCUCGUGUACAGUACCCUGAUGGCAACUUUCAUAUUAUUUCCAAAGCAGCAUUGUAUCGGGUUGCAGGUUUUAGGGAAGGAGAUGCUGUAGAAAUAAUUAAAGACAAGAAACUGUUGAAGAAACUACAGGAGGGACAUGGUGGAGUGUCAAAAACCAUGGAAACUGCAUGUGGAAAACUUGGUCGCUUGGUAAAAAUACAAGCUGAUGGUGAUAUGAUUGUACUAGUAGAGGGUAAGAAAUAUACCUUCAACCCAACUUGCUGCAACACAGUGUGUGAUCCCAAGUUGGCAAGUAAAGCUCCCCCCAUGCCUGCAUCAGACAGUGAGGGUGAAGACUCAGACUUGGAACCGGAGGGAGACAUGGUUCCCGGCAGGAAGGUACUCAGUAACCCUGAUGAUGAUAAGGGGAAUCAGAAACAAAACCUAAAAGCAUUCUCUGAUGAUUUUGGUUCUAUGUAUGUAAACUUAAAGAGGAAUCAAGGGGAUAUAUCCAGCCAGGGUAAUGCCAUGUUCGAGGCUUUUACCAAGGCCGACUUGAGGGCAGUGCAGGAUCUUGUUGCUUGUAACAGUGGACUAGUUGACUUUAAAGCAGAGGGGCGGACAGUUUUACACCUUGCAUGUCAUGAAGGUUUUAAGGAUCUUGUAACAUACUUGCUGGAGGCAGGGGCUGACAUGGGCGCCACUGACAAUGAGGGUGAUUCACCUCUACAUUAUGCUGCUUUUGGGAAACAGCCAGAUUGUGUACAGGAGAUGUUACAGAAUGCUGCAAACCCCAACAUUCAAAAUAAUAAUGGUUUAACUCCACUGAUGAUCUCAGUAGACCACCCUGAUUUAGACUCCAUACAGUGCCUCGUCCUUAAUAAUGCAGAUGUAUCACUAAGGUCAAAUGAUGGUGAAACUGCCAUGCACAACGCAAUAGAACAGAAAGAUUGUCAACCUUUGAUAGUUUCAGUCAUCUUGAAUGCUCAAAGUGCGGACCAUUCUCUUUGCAAUAACUUAAACUUCAAUGUUUUACAUUGGGCAGCUUUUAGAGAUAACAAGGCGGCUGUUAAGAUAGUGAUUGAGAAAAGUCCAAAUCUUGUAGAUUCACCACUGGUUGGGGAAGGUUUUACAGCACUUCAUAUAGCUGCAGUCAAUGACUAUGUUGAAGUAUUAGGUAUACUUCUUGGACAGGGUGGGGCUGAUCCAAAUGCUAAGGAUGAUAGUGGGAGGACCCCUCUACAUCUUGCUGUUUCCCAGCAACACAAACGAUCUAUCGAGAUCCUUUUAGAUAAAAAAGCUAAUGUGAAUGCCCAGGAUAAUGCAGGGGACACACCCCUUCACAUGUCUCAGAAAACAAAAACACAGAAAAUUUCAGCAUCUAAAAGUUCGAGAUCGUGGAGUAGUGAGACUAACAUACAGAUAGUGUAUACAUUACUGGAGAAAGGAGCAGAUUUACACAUAAAGAACAAGGCUGGUGAAACAACCAUAGAUAUGAUUGUAGAUCCUAAAAUGAAAGCCAUGAUUGAAAAGCUUACUGCUGCCUACAAACAGGCACCAGCAAAAUCUCAAGCUGGAGUACGUCUGCCAAUGCACUGGAAGGCAAUGAAAGUAACAGACGUGGAUAUGGUGCAACUUGACACAUCAGAUGCCAUGCAGAAACAGGAGUUUGCUGAAGUUGAGAAACAUUUUAAGAAUACCCUUAGUCAAUGUGAAAUAGGCUGUAUUAAACGUAUACAAAAUCCAUUACUCUGGGAACAUUAUACUUUGAAAAAGCGUGAAAUGGAAAGCAAAGGUGGACAAGGCAGUGCCUGCGAGCAGCACCUAUAUCAUGGAACAAAACCGGAUCUUGUCGACUUAAUCGCUUUUGACAAUUUUGAUUUUCGCAUCGCAGGGUCGAGAGUUGGAGCGCUAUAUGGGGAUGGUGCAUACUUUGCAACUACAGCAAAGUACUCUGACUUAUAUGCCUCGGCGGGUGAUAAUGGAUAUAAAGUUAUGUUUGUUGCUAAAGUAUUGACCGGAAAAUACUGUCUCGGUGCACCGGGAUUAAAAAGACCCCCACAAAUUGAUACAAAUGACUUUAGGAAGGGUUAUUAUGAUUCUACUGUUAAUAAUAUACUCAAUCCAACUAUAUAUUGUGUGUUUGAUAAAAACCAAUAUUACCCAGAAUACAUUGUAGAGUAUAGGUAAUGGCCUAAAAUACAUUUUGAAAUUUUGGAGAUAGCUGAAUUCAUAAUUUUUAUAGUUGUCAUACGUAUUUGUUUAUGUAAUAUUUCUUGUUUUCUUUUUUUUAGCUCGACUUUUUAAAAAAAAAAAAAGUAGAGGUAUUGUUAUAGUCAUGGCUGCAUUGCCGUUGCUGUUGCCGUCCGCAAACUUGUACCUGGAUCAUUACUUUUUUAGUUCUUGGUGUAUUAUCUUCAUACUUGGCCACAACAACCCUUGGGACAAGACCUUUCAGUAGACCACACUAACCUUGACCUUCAUCCAUAAAUGACCUUGACCUUCAAGGUCAAAUGUCCAAAUUUUGCUUGUUCUUGCUAUUAUUGGCUGUAACUUUGUUAUUUUUGAAUUGAUUAUCUUCAAACUUGAACAUAAUAAUCUUCAAGGAAGCCCUUUAAAAUAAGUGGCCAGACCAUGACCUUAUAAAUGACCUUGAUUUUGAAGGUCAAAUUAUUGAAAUUUUAAUUUUUUUGGCUGUAACUUGCUGUAACUUUACUAUUUUUGAAUGGAUUGACUUUAUAUUAUAACAGAACAUUCUCCAGGACAAGACCUUCAUGUUUAUCAAACUUAAAUUGACCUUGGCCCUUUUAUGACCUUGAAGGUUAAAUUAUUGAAUUUUCACUGAUUUAUGCAUUAAAUGAUCAUAUAUAUUUAUUGGUGUGGAUGUAUUUAUGUGUGCACAAAAGUGCGUCGUUACUAUGCGACGACAUCACAUUUGCCUUGAUGAUCAUAAGAGAAACCGGUUGGCAAAUAAUUAAAUAAGUUAAGUCAUAGACUGUGUUUUUUGUUUUAUAUAUAUACAGUAUAUAUAUAAAGUUUUGGCUGAAGAUAUGCGAAGAAAGCAUUGAAAGCGCUACUAAAUAUACAUAGUGUUUGUUAUUUCUUAAACAUUAUUAUUUUAUCUAUUUCAACACUGCACAAGGAACAUUUAUCAUGUUAUAAUUUUAUAUACAGUCCAACCCCGUUUAUUCGAAGUGUCUGGGACUGAAUAUUUACUUCGAAUAAUCGAUGGGUUCGAAUAAUCGAAAUCGGAAUAUUGUGAUAGACGAAAACUACUCCACUUUGACCAAUCAUAGCAAAACUAUCGUUUACAACAUAUUCACUUCCUGUAAUCACCUGUUAUCAGUUGAGAAAAAUAAAUAUUAAAGAAAAGAUGCGUAAAAAAUAUUGUAUUUGACAUUUUAGACAUAAAUACUUUAAUUUUAUUCUACAUUAUGUAUCAUUUCGUUUCGCGCAAAGCCUUGAUAAUGGCCGCCACUACGGUAUUUACAGCUAAACUCUGGUAUUUUCGAUUAAGAUAAAGGCUCUCAUGUAGCGGUACAAUUAAUGAAAAAGAUGUUUUGGAUGUUUUGACAAAUUUACAUAUACGGUAUGUAUGAAAAAUAUUGCUGUCAUCUUAAAGCAAUAACAAUAACAAAAUCGGACACGGUGCAUAGCUUUUCAGUUUCGGUUAUUAAAGUUGAUAAAGAGUUAUUAUCACAAUUGUCUAAAUACACGCAUGACUGUUGAUAUUUUUCACAAGUCGACCGGUCAGCGAAUGGAUCUGCGCCAAUUAGUCUGGCUUCGAAUAAUAAUUAGGCUGGCUUCGAAUAAUAGGUGUGAAAUUCUUUCAUAAUUGUCUAAUCGGGACCGAAAUUUUACUUCGAAAAAAAAGGAGGUAUUCGGAUAAUGCAUUUCGAAUAAUACGCUCGUAUUUAUAUUGAUUUAUAUAGAGAUAAAAACGGUACCGCCGAUCUACUUCGGAUAAUGCCGGGUAUUCGAAUAAAGAGUUAUCGAAUAACCGGGGUCGGACUGUAUAUAUAUAUAUAUAUAUAUAUAUAUAUAUAUAUAUUAAAACGUGAUAAAUGUUCCUUGUGCAGUGUUGAAAUAGAUAAAAUACAUAGAGUUUGUUAUUUCUUAAACAUUAUAAUUUUAUCUAUAUAUAUAUAUAUUAUAUAUAUAUAUAUAUAUAUAUAUAUAUGAAUUUUAAAUAUAUAUAUAUAUAAAAUAUAUAUAUUUUCUUCUAAAUUUUGACAAUAUUUUCUGACUAUUGUCAAUUAUUUAUGGAAAGGAUUCAUACUUUGACAAAACUAGUGUGACAAGACAGGCCUAUUAAAAUUAUAAAAAGGAAACAUUAAGAUUUGUUCAAACGUUUCUUUGUUAAUGUUUGCUUUUAGAAAAAAGUAAAAAGUCGAGCGUGGCCCCCGCCCGGUGGUGGCUUUUGUUUUGUAUAUAUAUUGGAACCACAGUUUUGCAAUACAUGUAUUUUAAUUAAUUCUUUUAUGGGUAACAACCAUGAUGAUGCUCCCGAAAUUAUUCUUGUUGGAGCAGAUACUAGUAGUCUUCAGUUUGUUCUCUCUUAUGUCACUCAUGUGUACCAUUUCUAAUAGUGUCAUCUUUUACUAAACAAUAUUUGGUAUGUUCGAUUAGCUAACAGAAUUUUUGGCAAUAAUUGACAAUGAAAUUAAUAAAAUCACUUUUUUUUUUGUAAUUCCAUGAAAAUUAUUAUUUCAUCUUAUGAAUUCAACAACUUUUUUGCAAUUUUAAUAGAAACAUACAUUGUAGACAAACUAUUACUGACUUAAUUUCUAGUUGUUAAAAAUUUUAUUGCCACUUUUCAAUCAGUUAACAAAAUAUAUACUGUACCACAUAAUAAAGUGUUGUACAAUUUCAUGAUAAAGUCAAUUUGUAUUUUGAAGGCAUUAUUGCAUAAUUCACCUCAAGAUAAAUGGUAACAAACAAUUUUAACAUAUUUAUAAGAACAUAAUAGUAAAAACAUGCUAUUUUAUGAAAUUUUUGGGUUGUUAGUAAGAUGCCAUUCUAGUGACAAACUUACUGGAAAAAUAUAUGAGAAAACAUGUUAUAUUAUGGUUUAGCUACUUUAUUGACUUACUAAGUUCUAGUUAUGAAUUGUACAGUUGAGUAUGUACAUUAGAAUCAAGUAGCUCUUUACGUAUAUAUCAUGGCCCUGGAAAAUAUUCAUUUCAGCUGACUUGUAAACAAAAUUAGUCUCUAAAUCUUUUCUUUUUUAGAAAAUUAUUGUGAUUUUAACUGUGAAAAUUAAGAAUUUGUGGAAAACAUAUAUUUCACAUAUUUUGCAUGUAAUUAAUGAUAUUUUUCUCUCUCUUUAUCUCAAUAAUUGACAUUGGUAUUAAAUUAAGCAAUCAAGAUAAACACAAGAUAUGCUUGUAGUUAGGUUACAUUACAAAUAUGGCCAAAAGUUAGGCUUUUCUAGGGAUGAUUGAAAAGUGGCAGUAAUUGGAUAAAGUUUAUAUCUGUUCAUAUUCUUAGCCAAUCCUAUUAACUAUUAAUAAUGAAAGUUGCUGUUAACUAAGGUACUUUGGAUCUUUAUACCUUUCAUAAAUAAUGUACUGUGGUAGUUUUUAUUGAACUAUAUAUCUAUUAUAUACAUGGCUGAUUAAAAGUCAUGAAUUAUUUCCAGUUUAAUUAAAGAGAGCAAAGAAGUCUAUGAUGCUGAAUUCAAGAGAGAUUAUAUCUUACAUUAGCAUUAUUUGAUACUAUUGUUAUAUAGAGGUUAUUACUCUACAGAGGGUCUCUCUACAAACAUGUAUGCAUGUCUGUUUGUCACAUUAUCAAAUUUCUUUUUUUUUCCUGAUGCCUUGCAUGAUUUUUCUAUAUUUUGUGUGGUCUCUUGGUAAAGUGUGUGUGUCUUUAAUUAUAUCUUCAAGAUUAAUUUCAACAAAUAUAUGUCAUAGUCAACAAUUAAAGUAUUUAUUUGUA